GCUCAAGCCGCUUCGCUCUCCGUAUGACCCAGAUCACCCCGCCAAAUCUCCGGGCCUCCAAAGAUGGUGCAAAGUGAACUUCAGUUACAGCCCGGAGCAGGCGGACGAACUGACGCUGGAAACCGGGGAGAUUGUGGAAAUGAUAAAGGAGAUUGAGGACGGCUGGUGGCUGGGGAAGAAGAAUGGGCAGCUGGGAGCCUUCCCGUCCAACUUUGUGGAGUUGCUGGACAGUGGGUCCCCAAGCCUUGGAAACUCAGACAUCGGCACCAGUGCCCAGCGGCCUCCCAAGCUGAGCACCCUGGCCUAUGACAGCCCUCCAGACUACCUGCGGACGGUCUCCCACCCUGAGACCUACAGGGUCCUGUUUGACUACCAGCCUGAGGCCCCCGAUGAGCUGGCGCUGCGGAGAGGGGACGAGGUCAAAGUCCUGAGGAAGACCACAGAGGAUAAGGGUUGGUGGCUCGGGGAGUGCCAAGGCAGAAGAGGCGUGUUCCCAGAUAACUUUGUGCUCCCACCGCCCCCUGUCAAGAAGCUGGGUCCACGCCGAGUGGUGUCUCGGGAAUCAGCUCCUAUUAAGGAACCAAAGAAGUUGAUGCCCAAGACAUUCCUCCCUGUAGUCAAGAAGCCAAUGACCAGCCCCACUGGGCCCAACAAAACCAAGACUCCCUGGUCACCCAACGGGGACAGCCAGAAGCAUACGUCCAGAGCGACUGGCUCCAAUGGCAACUUCCUCAAUGGGGCUUCUAGCAACCCUGGCAGGAAGCGAUCCAAAACCCAGCCUGCCCUGCAGCGCUCGGCAUCCAGUCAGGAGGGGCAGCAGAGCCGGCUGGCAAAAGCUGCUGUUGGGAACAGAAGCCCCACGCUGGACAAGCCCACCAGCCCAAGGAAGAGCCCAGCUCCUGACAAAGCCCCCAACCCAGGGAAGACCCCUGUUCCUGACCAAGGCCCCAGGCCAGGGAAAACCCCUGCUUCUGACCAAGCCCCCAACCCAGACAAGACCUUGACUCAGGAGGACCAGGUCUGCAGCCCAGAGAAGAUCCUGGCUCCUGACCAAGGCCCCAGCCCAGGGAAGACCUCUGUUCCUGACCAAGCCCCUGGCCCAGACAAGACAAUGUUGGAGGACCAGGCCUGCAGCCCAGAGAAGACCCUAGAUCCUGAUCAAGCCUCCAGCCCAGAUAAGACCUUGAUGCAGGAAGACCAGGCCUGCAGCCCAGGGAAGACCCUAGAUCCUGAUCAAGCCCCCGGCCCAGAGGAGACCCCGGCUCCUGAUCAAGCCCCCAGCCCAGGGAAGACCCUAGAUCCUGAUCAAGCCCCCGGCCCAGAGGAGACCCCGGCUCCUGAUCAAGCCCCCGGCCCAGAGGAGAGCCCGGCUCCUGAUCAAGCCCCCGGCCCAGAGGAGACCCCGGCUCCUGAUCAAGCCCCCGGCCCAGAGGAGACCCCGGCUCCUGAUCAAGCCCCCGGCCCAGAGGUGACCCCGGCUCCUGAUCAAGCCCCCGGCCCAGAGGAGACCCCGGCUCCUGAUCAAGUCCCUAUUGCAGGCCCAGAGAGGAUCCCUGCUCCCAACCAUGCCUCUAGCCCAGAGAAGACCAAAGCCCUGACUCAGGGAGACCAGGCUCUUGCCCUAGAGAGGACCCCUGCUCCUGACCAAGCCCCCAGCCCAGACAAGACCUUGACUCAGGAAGACCAAGCCCCUGGCCAACUGAAGCCCCCGGCUCCUGACCAAACCCCUGGUCUAGACACCCUCAGCCCAGAGGGGAUCCCGGCUGCUGACCAUGCCUCUAUCCCAGAGAAGAUCAAGACUCUGACUCAGGGAGACCAGGCCUCCAUCCCACAAACGCCUGGGAUUCUGGGGAACCCCACCCCAGAAGAGGCCCUAGUUCCUGAGAGAGCCUUUUUGGCAGAGGAGGCACCUGCUUCCGAAGACCUUGCCAAGGAGCUGAUGGCCAGUCUGGAGGAUGAGGGCCCCCUCCCAGGCAGGGACUUGACCCUAAAGCAGGUGCUUUCCAAAGAGGUCAUCUCCCAGGGAGACCACCCUCAGUUACAUCACUUCUCUCCAGAGGAAGCCCUGCAGGGCAAGUCUAUUGUGGCCAAUGAGCUUGCCUCCCAAGAUGGGGUCCAUGGGCCAGCGGAGCCCCCACUCCAACCCCAGUCCUUAGAGGGCCCCUUGGAGUGCAGGGCCCACCCCCAGGCUCAGCCCCAGCCCCAGGCAAGGCCCACGCCUGCCCUGGUAGAGGCCACGACCUGGCUGGUGGAGGCCUUUGCAGAAGACAAGGCUGUCCUCAAGAAGACACACCCCAAGGAGGAGCUACCUCCAGGAGAAGGGGCGCCUCCCAAAGAGGUGGCUCCCAGGCAGCGGGACUAUGAGGCAGCCCCUGCCCACGAGUUCCCACAUCCUGCCAAGCUGACCCCAGAUUCCCAAGAGACUCCUGCCGUCCCCUCCCCAAAGUCCACGGAGGGUGGUCCUGACGGAACCCACCUGCUGGCCCUCAGGCAGGAGGUGCAAUCUCUACAGACGGCUCUGCAACAGAUGGGGGAGCAGCUGGAGAGCCGGAUGACUGCUAUCUGGGAGGAGCUGAGGAGCGAGAGGGAGCAGCGGCGCUCGCUGGAGGUUCAGAUGCUGCAGAGGAGGGAGAAGUGCCCGGCUCGGGGCUCCAGACACGUGCAGACGCAGACACACUGA